AUGACACAGGUCAAUGGCACAACCAAUGGCGUUACGAAGCGUGGUGCAAGCCAGAAGAUAAUAGAUGAUGCCGUAGGGGUGGUCAAGAGCAAGGAGGGACAUGAGAAGACGGACUACUCGCGAUGGAGGCUAAAAGACGACCGCGGAUGUCAAACUUGGCAUUACUUGACGAGCGACGAGGAGAUGAAGGCCUGGCCGCAAAGCACAGCGGACAAGUACUUUCUGGGUCUUGAUACGGAACAACCAGACCUCAAGCCCGCAAAGACGCCCCUCGAAGCCGCCGCCAAUGGCCUUUCUUUCUUCUCCGAACUCCAACUACCCCCUGGAAACUGGGGCUGCGAAUAUGGAGGCCCCAUGUUUCUCCUCCCCGGCCUCGUCAUUACCUGGUAUGUCACCGAGACACCAAUUCCAGCGUCGCAUGCGAUCGAAAUAAAAAACUACCUCUUUGCACGAGCGCAUCCCGAAGAUGGCGGGUGGGGGUUACACAUCGAGGGGGAGAGUACCGUGUUCGGAACAGCUAUGAACUACACUGUGCUCAGGCUGCUUGGUGCAGACGCAGAAGACCCGCGAAUGGUCAAGGCACGCAAGACGCUUUGGAAACUGGGUGGUGCCUUGAAUGCGCCUCAUUGGGCAAAAUUCUGGCUGAGCGUGAUGGGUGUGACACAUUGGGAUGUCGUCAAUCCUUGUCCGCCUGAGCUGUGGCUGCUUCCAGAUUGGGUCCCUAUUGCUCCUUGGCGGUGGUGGAUACAUAUGCGACAGGUCUUUCUGCCCAUGUGUUUUAUCUAUUCGAGGAAAUGGUCGUAUCCGUUGAAUGACUUGACAAGCCAGCUACGGGCGGAGUUAUUGAUGGAACCGUAUGAGACUAUCAACUUUGAUGCACGUCGGAAUACGAUCGCCGAUACGGACAACUAUCAUCCGAAGACUUGGUUUCUCAAGUUUCUGUUUUGGUUCAUAGUCGCUAUUUGGAUUCCCUACCUUCGACCCAACUGGAUGAUCAAGCGUGCUGAAGAGCAUGUAUGGUGGCUCAUCCAAGCCGAGGAUGAAAAUACCGACUAUGCGAACCUUGGCCCGGUGAAUGGACCCAUGAACACUUUGUGUGUGUACAUCAGAGACGGUCCCAACUGCCACGCCUUCAAGGAGCAUCUCAAGACACUUCCAGAGUUCUUGUGGGUCAAGGAUGAGGGCAUGCUCAUGAACGGAACAAACGGUGUACAAACAUGGGACAUUGCGUUUGUGGCCCAGGCCGUGGAAGCAUGCGGUUUCUCCAAAGACGAAAAAUGGACACCAAUGCUUGCAAAGGUGCUCGAGUUCCUAGAAGACCAGCAAAUUCUCGAAGAAAGCAGAGACCAACACGCCUGCUACCGUCAACAACGCAAAGGCGCCUGGGGUUUCAGCACUCGCAAGCAAAGCUACACAGUCAGCGACUGCACAGCCGAAGCCCUCAAGAGCAUCCUCAUCCUCCAAAACCGCAACAACUACCCCUCACUCAUCCCCGACAACCGCCUAAAACUCGCCAUCGACGUCCUCCUCACCAUGCAAAACGCCUCGGGCGGCGUCGCCACCUACGAGCCCACGCGCGGCAGCGAACUCCUCGAGCACCUCAACGCGGCCGAAGUCUUCGGCCGCAUCAUGAUUGAAUACGACUACCCAGAAUGCACAACCGCCGUCGUAACCGGCCUCCACAUGUUCCAAACCCACUUCCCCAAUUACCGCGCCCAGGAAAUCUCCGCCUUCCGCGACCGCGCUGUAGGCUACAUCCGCAGCUCGCAGCGCCCGGAUGGCUCCUGGUACGGUAGCUGGGGCAUCUGCUUCACCUACGCCGGCAUGUUUGCGCUCGAGUCGCUCAAGUGCUCGGGCGAACAGUAUAGUAAUAGCGAGCGUGUGCGUCGUGCGUGUCAGUUUUUCCUAGACCGCCAGAUGGAGGAUGGGGGGUGGGGCGAAACGUAUAAGAGUUGCGAACAGGGUGUUUGGCAUCAGCACCCUCGCAGCCAGGUUGUGCAGACUGCGUGGGUGGUUAUUGCACUGCUUGAGGGGGGUUACCCGGAGAAGGAGCCGUUGAGGAGGGCGGUGAAGCUGAUUAUGGAGAGGCAGCAAGGGAAUGGCGAGUGGUUGCAGGAGGCGAUUGAGGGCGUGUUUAAUAAGUCUUGUAUGAUUUCUUAUCCAAACUACAAGUUUAUUUUCCCCGUCAAGGCGCUGGGUAUGUAUGCCAAGGCUUUUGGGGAUGAUGCACUGUUUUGAGAAAGGGCUAAGAUGUUGGAGGAGGUGGGCUGAUGAGUAGUCACGGUUUUGUAACUAAGCGAACAUGUGAAGAGAAGGUUACAUAAGACUGAACUACGACUACAUAAUAC